AUGGGUUGGAAAUGCAACACCUGCAAACGCGAGUUCGCCCACUGGCGAUCUCGGGACCAACACGUCGACGCCCUGGGACAUCAACCUCUCGACUUCGACUGCCGCGGCAACGGUUGUAACGAUUGCUUCUCGAACAGUAGCGACCGCCGAGACCACGAGGCGAAGACGCACUCUUAUUGUAGCGACUGCCAGAAGAGUUGCGGGAACCCUAACAAUCUGAGGAUGCAUCUCAAUUCGCGCAUACAUCGCGGCAGUUCCAUCCAAUGCCCCUUCUGCAAAACGAACUACGCGACUGCGACGGGUCUUGCGCACCAUCUCGAAGGAGGCCGUUGCUCGAAAGCAUCGUUUCUGAACCGCGACCAGAUAUACAAGGCCGUUCGGGCUAAGGAUCCCACCGGUAUGAUCUCCAAGAAGUUGAUCGGCUGGCAUGGGUCCACGACAUACGAGGCCACGGAUAAAGCGUGGAAUGGAUGGGCAUGGGAAUGCUACCUCUGCAACCGCACGUUCAACGCUAAGCCAGGCUUAGAUCAACACUUGCAGUCGCCUAUACACCAGCAGGCGCUUUACCACUGCCCAGAUAGGAACGGAUGUGGGCGUGAGUUCAAGACUCUGGCUGCCGUUAUGAACCACCUCGAGAGUGAGAGCUGUGGCUAUACACGUUUCGAGAACGUGCAAAAGAGUGUGAGCAACAUCGUUAGCGGAGACCGACGUCUCACUUUCAUCUAGGAGACACCAAAUGAGUCGAGGCCAAAUCUCGAUACCUUGGCAGUCUAUUAGGUUUGCCGGGCCUCUGAGCUAUUCGUACGUAUGGCGUUGCUAUCAAACGAUUUGGUCAACAUUAUGUCAUCCCCAGACUUGAGGCUCUACAAGAAAUGAUCAAAUCCGGGAAUGAUCUGGCACUCGGCCAAAUAAUCCAGAUCCGAGUUCCGUUGUACGCAACCUACUCGGCCGGUAUUCAGUCCCGAAGGGAAAAAAGAUUGACCCAUCGUGAAACCUUACCUGGUUCCCAACAAAUCGCCGUUCGUUAUUCGGGCCGAAGCUCUCGUAUGUAGAGCACAAGUCACAUUUCCAAUAUUACCUCCCUACCUAGCGUUUAGUUGCAGAAAUCCUAAGCAUGCGAU